GGCUUUUCUAUUUCAUAUAAACACUUCCAUUGACCCUUUCUUGUGGCUACAGAGACGAAUUAGGGUUUCUGAACAGAGCAAUGGGUAAGGGAACUGGGAGCUUCGGGAAGAGGCGAAACAAGACGCACCUGCUAUGUGUCAGGUGCGGUCGCCGCAGCUAUCACGCUCAAAAGAAGCUCUGUGCUGCAUGUGCUUGGCCCGCCGCUCGUAAGAGGACAUACAACUGGAGUCAGAAGGCUAUUCGAAGAAAGACUACCGGAACCGGACGAAUGAGGUACCUCCGGCAUGUUCCUCAAAGAUUCAAGACCAAUUUCAGAGAAGGUACUGAAGCUGCACCUAGGAAGAAGGCAGCAGCUUCUACAUGAGGGGGGUCCCAUUUGGACCAAUUUUAAGUUACAUUUUUUGGUUGGUAUUUUGAAAGCUAUGGUAGUAGCUUUGGAUUGUCAUUUAAACCCAUUUGAAUACUUUAUUGAGUUGUCAAGUUAUUAUUGGCAAAAAAAAAAAAAGUAUUACUA